AUUUAAGGAUAAAAUGGAUAAUACAGUUAAAACAAAUCAAAGAACUCCUCUAGAAUUAGCUUCAUUCACUUUAGUAGGUAUUCAAAGAACAAUCAUUCAAAAGGAGGAAAUGGAUCCAAAGACUGGAUAAAUUGCAAAGGCUUAUGAAGAAUAUUAUGGAAAGCAACUAUUCAAUAAAAUAUCAAAUCGUUUAUAUCCAAUGAGAACUCAUUGUUUAUAUUUUGGGUACUAGGAUUUUUAGAAUUGUGAUUAAAUGAAAUAUAAUAUGAUUUUGGGAGAAAUAGUAAGUGAAGCCACUAAUAUACCUGAAGGAAUGGUAAGUAUCUAAGUUCCAGCUCAUCGUUUUUGUCGUUUUGAUUGUGGUCCUGGUCCCGUUCCUAAAGUAGUUAUUGAUGCUUGGGAAUCAUUGUAUUAAUUGACUCCUGAAGAUUUUGGGGGAGUUCGAACUCAUGAUUAUGAAUUGGAAGUAUAUCCAGAGGAUCAAUUUGAUAAAGAAAAUAUGAAAUUUUAAUUAUACAUUGGAAUAUAAUGA